AUGGCGUUUCGAGCUCGGCCUGUGACUCUGUUGCGCUCGCGCAUCAGUGCUCGCUUACCUAUCAGCAGAGUCCGCGGACUAGCAACCGUGGCCGAGGGUUCCCGAGCCUACGAUGUUAUUGUUAUUGGUGGUGGUCACGCCGGCGCAGAGGCAUGUGCUGCUGCAGCCCGUUCCGGCGCGCGCACUGCACUCGUGACGCCCUCGUUAUCGAACAUUGGCGUGUGUUCGUGCAACCCCAGUUUCGGCGGAAUAGGAAAGGGCACGAUGAUUCGAGAGGUGGAUGCGAUGGAUGGUGUCGCAGGCCGAAUUAUCGACAAGGCGGGUGUCAUGUUUCGGAUGUUGAAUCGUUCCAAGGGUCCGGCAGUGUGGGGGCCUCGCGCGCAGAUCGAUCGUGAUUUGUAUAGGAAGCAUAUGACGGAGGAAUUAGUCGGCACUCAAAAUCUGAGCAUUGUGGAGGGGAAGGUGGCGGAUAUUGUUGUUUCGAAGAAUGGUGUGGAAAAUACACCUGGCGCACAGGGCAAGAUUGUUGGUGUUCGAUUGGAGUCUGGCGAGGUCAUUCCUACAGGGCGUGUGGUUAUUACCACUGGAACUUUCUUGGGUGGUGAGAUCCACAUUGGACUUGAGUCCUACCCAUCUGGUCGAAUGGGAGAGGCCCCAACCUAUGGGCUGAGCAAGUCUCUCCGUGAUGCGGGUUUCUCUUUGGGACGCUUGAAGACCGGCACACCACCUCGUUUGGACUCCAAGAGCAUUGAUUACUCAUCGCUGGAAGUCCAGCGUGGUGACUCUCCUCCACAGCCCUUUUCUUACUUGAAUAAAACGGUCGAUGUUGGGGAUGAAGGACAAUUGACCUGCUGGAUGACCCAUACCAAUGAGAAGGCCCACGAAAUUAUCCGUGCCAACCUGGACAAGUCUAUUCACAUCAGAGAGACUGUUCGGGGGCCCCGAUACUGUCCCUCUCUGGAGUCCAAAAUCAUGCGAUUCAAGGACAAGGAACGUCAUCAAAUCUGGCUCGAGCCCGAAGGAUUUGCUCCGAAUGAUGUGAUUUACCCGAACGGAAUUUCGAUGACUGUUCCAGCGGACGCACAAUAUGCUAUGCUGAAGACUGUCCAGGGUCUUGAAAAUGUGAUCAUGCUUCAGCCUGGCUAUGGUGUAGAAUACGACUACAUUGACCCACGCAAUCUUCGACCAACAUUGGAAACCAAGCUGAUUAGCGGUCUCUACCUGGCGGGCCAAAUCAACGGUACAACUGGCUACGAAGAGGCCGCAGGACAGGGUAUCAUUGCAGGAACAAACGCUGGCUUGGAAUCUCAGGCUCGAAAGCCUCUCACCUUGACACGGUCAGAUGGUUUCAUCGGUAUCAUGAUCGACGACCUCAUCACCAAGGGUGUCUCCGAGCCAUACCGCAUGUUCACCACCCGAAGCGAAUACCGCAUCUCCACCCGAUCCGACAAUGCCGACCUUCGCCUGACACGCAUGGCCCGUGAUGCCGGCGUCGUAUCCGACAAGCGCUGGCGCCACUUCACAGAGACAGAGACACAGAUCCAAGAACUCCAGGCCCUACUAGGCAAAACCAAGCUCUCAUCCUCCGCGUGGUCCCGAAAGGGCUUCAAGGUGCGCGCCGACACAUCUAUCCGAUCCGCGCUAGAAAUCCUGUGUCUCGACGGUGUUGACAUCAACACCUUGAUCCCCCACAUUGAGUCCGCGCCAGGCGUCGCCUACGUCCCCGACUCUUUCGACCCCGUUAUCCGGGCCCGCGUCGCGAUUGAAGGACGAUAUGCCCCGUACCUCAAGCGACAGGAGAAGAUGGCGCAGCGGUUCCUGCAAGAUGAGAACCUCCUCUUGCCGGCCGAUCUUGACUACAGCAUCAUCCAUGGAAUCAGCAAUGAGGAGAAACAGGCUCUUGAGCGUGUGCGACCUGUCAGUGUCGGUAUGGCAAGGCGCAUCGAAGGUGUCACCCCUGCUGGUGCACUGCGUCUGCUGAUGCAUGUUCGGAAGGGGACAGGGUUUACCAAGGAGGCUAGUGAUACGGAUGCUGCUGUGGCUGAAGUGCUGCAGUCAUCGCCUUGA